CUCCUCGUCGUCCACGGGGCUCAUUUGUGUCCGGAUAUAAACACACAGCUGCACUCUGCAUGUCACAUGCACUAUUUUUUAAAAAACAAAUAGACCUCGCAAAAUAAGUCACAAAUAAGAAGAGAAAGAAGAAUAAAGAGGGCACCAUUGCGCGAGGAGCAUUCUCAAGGAUGGAGGAUUCUUCAUCCAAGCUAUCGGUGGCCGAGCUAGCCGGCAGGUUCAAAGGUCAUAUACUGCCCAUGCCCGCUGCGCACGAUGAGUCACCCUUUCGACGAAAACUUCCAUGUUCGCUGAGGUUUCCCAUCCGGAACGAUGAUGUGCAACAAUCCCAUACGAACGCCAGCGAAACGCUCUCCACGAGUCCCGUUCAAAUCAGGACGAAGAAGAGCUCCGCCAUCAUCGAGAGACUUCAGGCCAACCUCACCUUGUCACCAACCGCCCUGCUGCCGUCGCCCAAGGGCCCUGAGGUAAACCGGCAGCCUGAUUCGCCGGCGCCGCCCUCCACUCCCUUCGCCGCCGCCGCCACGACCUCGCCGAGCCCCACCUUGCAACCCACCCAGCUGUACGUGGAGGAGGACGAGGAGGGGGAGGAUCAGGAGGAACCCGUCAGCUUUGACGGCCCUCCUGAAGGGGCCUCGCUGCCCAGCUUCCACAAGACUCGUGCUCGGCUGUCGUUCAAGAGGCGUCCGCCCACGAGACAACACAGGAGGUCGGCGGGGGGGGAGGCGGCAGCGCUAUUCGGCGGCAUCCCGUCGCCGUGUGAACUGCACUCGCCCCAAACCAACGGAGACGCCAUUUUACAAUGCCCGGACCGGGUCCCUCGGAAAGAAGGCGAGGGAGAUGACAGGGAGGAGCAGCAGGAGGACAAGGAGGAUGAGGAGGAGCAAAGGAAACGAGGAAACAACCCCCAAGAGGAAGAAGAAGAGACGCGGGAGGAGGAAAUGUGGCCGCGGCACACGGAUGGAGGGGAUCGCGAUGAUCUCCAUUGAUCUGUGAACAAUGAUAAUGACCUCUGAAAAACGCACAGAUUUUUGGAAUAUUUAACUGCUUUGACUCAUAGGGACAACUCGCGGGUUAUGUCGCCCUCAGCUGGCCAUUUUUAGAACAUGUCCUCGUGUGUACUCAUGCAUGGACUAGACGCGUCGCUGUCGAGUCGCUAUAGCCAAAUUUCCAACAUUAUUGACUUUCAUCUUGAAAGCAUACUUUUUUUUAAAAUACGCGAGUAUUUAUUGAAAAAAUGAGAUUCUGUAAUUCAUAUUAGAACUUCAAUUUCAAAUAUGGAAAUUUUUCUUUAAAAAAAACUUUGAAUUUGUAAAUUACAAGAAUAAUCUGGAAACGAUACGUGUUUUUGUAAAAUUGACCCUUUGAUUUUGUAGUGUCAUUUCAUUGUCUUUUCAGUCUGGCUUUAAUGUUCCUUCAUGAAGAUAAUUCAUUUGUAGGGAUGAAAUAUUUUGGAAUGAUAUUGAAUACAUAUUUUAGCAGACAUAAAAAAUGAGUCACUGCAUCACAAAAACAGUCACCAACAAAACAAUCAGUGUUUCCUUAUUAUUUUUCUGUCUGUUGUUUAAUGCUCGUCUUUUAUUUUAAUGCAUAUCAGUCUGGACUCCGGUACGGGUCAUGCACAAUAAUAAACAGUUUCUUGUUUGUUUUACAGAUAA